AUGGCAGGAGGCACUUUUGUUACUCUCGGUGAUGCCAGCUGCCGAGGUGGCAGCCGAUGUUACCAGCUUCAGCGCCUGUUUGGGGGGUUGCGAGCGGGCUGGUCAGUGGCAGCUCGCGCUGCUGCUCCUUUCGCGGAUGCAAAUCUGAUCAGCUUCCUUGCUGUCAUCGGGGCAUGUGAGCGCGACGGCCAAUGGGAACUCGCUCUUCAACUCCUAUCGGAGAUGGCGGCUCGAGGGGUGGAGAGCGACGUGACAGCCUUCAGCGCCUGCAUCAGCUCUGUCGCCAGGGCCGCACAGUGGCUGAGAGCUCUGCAGCUUUUUGUGGAGAUGUCCGCAAGCGCAGUGCAGACCAACGUGAUCAGCCUGAAUUCCGCCAUCACCGCCUGCGAGCGAGGAGGUCAGUGGCGCCAAGCCCUCGCAGUUCUUGCGGCAGGGUGCAGUCAGCGACUGAGUCUCAACACGAUCUCUUUCAACUCAGCCUUGGGAGUCUUCGAGGCUGAUGGGCCGUGGAGCCAAACCCUGCAAUGGCUCUCAGCGAUGCCGGCAGCUCGGGUGGCCGCGGACUCCCUGAGCCAAAGUCUUGGCGUCAGCGCCGCAGAGAGGGCCGGCCUCCAACACUUUGCCACCGAACUCCUCGACGCUGCAGCUCUGCCGGCGAUGGACAUCUUGAGACACAGGUCAGAAGAGCCCGGCUGA